GAUGCGGCGUCCCGCGGCCCCGGGCGCUGGCAGCUCCCCGCCGGGACUCUCAGCGCCGAGCGCCGCUCGGCUCCCGGCUCCUAUUUGCAUGCCGAGGCUGUGAAUGGCGUGCCCGCCCGGCCGGCCCCUGGCACGGGGGAGGAGUCUCCGCGCCCUCCGCGGGCCGAGCUCGGCGGCGCCGGUCCCUUAAGCCGCACUGGGGGGCGGCUCGAGCCGAGCGGCCGCUGCGCUUCGCCCGCCUGCACGGCCUGAGGACGAGCGUGGGACGAUGUCGGAGGCGCGACACGACAGCACGAGCAGUUUACAGCGGAAGAAGCCGCCAUGGCUAAAACUGGACAUCCCUGUGCCGGUGCCCAUGCCCGUGCCAGAGGAGCCCCCCCAGCCCGUGCAGCCGACGCGGCGCCAGGCGUUCCUGCGGAGCGUGAGCAUGCCGGCCGACAACAGCCGUGUGCCGUCCCUGCCCCACGACCCCGCCAGGAGAGCCGUGCUGCAGCGCCAGACCUCAAUCACCCAGACCAUCAAGAGCAGACAGGUUCGGUUUCAAAGAAGUCAGACUCUGCCCGCCCGUGGGCACCGGGGGGGCAGGAGCUCCCUGAGAAAGCGGCAGUCCCUGCCCCGAUCGUUUUUCAGCACUUGUCUGCUGGCAUCUUUCAGAGGCACAGCAGACUGGUUUGGGGUGAGCAAAGACAGCGAUGCCACUCAGAAAUGGCAGAGGAAGAGCCUCCGCCACUGCAGCCUGCGCUACGGGAAGCUCAAGCCUCAGGUCAUCCGGGAGAUGGACUUGCCUAGCCAAGACAACAUUUCUCUGACAAGCACAGAGACCCCUCCUCCGCUCUACGUGGGACCCUGCCAGCUGGGCAUGCAGAAGAUCAUUGACCCGCUGGCGCGGGGGCGAGCGUUCCGGAUGGCCGAGGACACGGAUGGCUGCAGCAUCCCCCACACGCCCAUCACGCCCGGGGCCACCUCCCUCUGCUCCUUCACCAGCUCCCGCUCGGGCUUCAACCGCCUCCCGCGGCGCCGCAAGCGCGAGUCCGUGGCCAAAAUGAGCUUCCGAGCGGCCGCCGCGCUGGUGAAGGGCCGUUCUGUGAAGGACAGCACCCUGAGGAGGGCCCAGAGGCGCAGCUUCACCCCUGCCAGCUUCCUGGAGGAGGACACGGUGGAUUUCCCAGAUGAGCUCGACACGUCCUUCUUCGCUCGGGAAGGAGUCCUUCAUGAGGAGCUCUCUACUUACCCGGAUGAAGUGUUCGAGUCACCAUCAGAAGCUGCAAUCAAAGAUGCGGAGGUGAAACCUCCAGAUCAGACAGAUCUCACAGGAGGUGCUUUGGACAAAAAUGAGCUUGAAAGAAGCCACUUACUACUCCCCCUGGAGCGAGGCUGGAGGAAGCAGAAGGACGGGGGCCUGGCGCAGCCCAAGGUGCGCUUGCGGCAGGAGGUGGUGAGCGUGAGCCCGCAGAAGCGCGGCCAGCGCAUCGCCGUGCCCGUGAGGAAGCUCUUUGCCAAGGAGAAGAGGCCCUACGGGCUGGGCAUGGUGGGCAAGCUGACCAACAGGACCUACCGCAAGCGCAUCGACAGCUACGUCAAACGGCAGAUCGAGGACAUGGAUGACCACAGGCCUUUCUUCACUUACUGGGUCACCUUUGUGCAUUCACUCAUCACCAUCCUCGCUGUGUGCAUCUACGGCAUUGCCCCUGUGGGGUUCUCACAACAUGAAACUGUUGAUUCAGUCUUGCGAAACAGAGGGGUUUAUGAAAAUGUCAAAUAUGUUCAGCAGGAAAACUUCUGGAUCGGCCCCAGUUCAGAGGCCCUGAUCCACCUGGGGGCCAAGUUCUCCCCGUGCAUGAGGCAGGACCAGCAGGUGCACAGCUUCAUCAGCGCCAAACGGGAGAAGGAGAAGCACUCGGCGUGCUGCGUGCGCAACGACAAGUCAGGCUGCGUGCAGACCUCAGAAGAGGAGUGCUCAUCCACGCUGGCCGUGUGGGUGAAGUGGCCCCAUCACCCCAGCACACCGAUGCUGGCAGGGAACAAGAGGCAGUUUGGCUCUGUUUGUCAUCAGGACCCCAGGGUGUGUGAGCAGCCAGCCUCGAUGGAGCCCCACGAGUGGCCAGAUGACAUCACCAAGUGGCCGAUCUGCACAAAAAACAGUGCUGGGAAUUACACCAACCACCUCCACAUGGACUGUGUGAUUACAGGCCGGCCCUGCUGCAUUGGGACCAAGGGAAGGUGUGAAAUUACCUCCCGGGAGUAUUGUGAGUUCAUGCGGGGCUAUUUCCAUGAGGAGGCAACGCUCUGCUCUCAGGUGCACUGCAUGGAUGAUGUCUGUGGGCUCCUUCCUUUCCUAAAUCCAGAAGUCCCUGACCAGUUCUACCGCCUCUGGCUCUCACUUUUCCUCCACGCUGGGAUCCUGCACUGUCUGGUUUCAGUCUGUUUCCAAAUGACGAUCCUGCGGGACCUAGAGAAGCUGGCAGGAUGGCACCGCAUCUCUAUCAUCUACCUUCUCAGUGGCAUCACUGGGAACCUUGCCAGUGCAAUAUUUCUACCCUACAGAGCAGAGGUUGGCCCUGCAGGAUCCCAGUUUGGAAUUCUGGCCUGUCUCUUUGUGGAGCUCUUCCAGAGUUGGCAAAUCCUGGCACGCCCAUGGAGGGCUUUCUUCAAGCUGCUGGCUGUGGUGCUCUUUCUUUUUGCCUUUGGCCUCCUGCCUUGGAUCGAUAAUUUUGCUCACAUUUCAGGAUUUAUCAGUGGUUUCUUCCUCUCCUUUGCCUUCCUGCCCUACAUUAGCUUUGGGAAGUUUGAUUUAUAUAGGAAACGAUGCCAAAUUAUAGUUUUCCAGCUCAUCUUCAUCGCACUCUUCUCAGGACUGGUGAUUUUGUUUUAUUUCUACCCCAUCAAGUGCGAGUGGUGCGAGUUCCUCACUUGUAUACCCUUCACAGACAAAUUCUGCGAGAAAUACGACCUGGAUGCACAGCUCCACUGACAGCAAAGACUGGCUUCUCGAGCAGGCCCUGGAGAUGGACUGUCUUUGCAUUUGCUGUGCCAGUUCCGUGGGGACAAAACCUCUAAUCCAAUGACACUUCUAACCCUACCCGUGGUUAAUUUAAACUGUCUCCUUAGCACUUGGCAGGCAUGGUUUGCCUUAUCUCAGAAGACUCUGAAAAACAGAACAUUUGUGCCUUGUUCAAUUGUAUUGAACCUUUUCUGCUGCCAUUAUUUUUAUUACACUAGUUUCAAUACUACAUUUUUAACCAGAGUUGUUUACUACUGCUAAGGUGGUGAUUAAAUGGUGAGGUAGCGUUUUAGCUACUGUGAAUUGUU